AUGGGUUCGUGUUCUUCUGUCCACCGAAACCAGCCACCCAACAUGAAGCACCUCACGCUCUCGUUUGAGUCCAAAGCUGAAAACCUCGUGAUUCCUCCAUCACCCUUCAAAGGCAAUCCCCAAAACAGGAGCUUUGAGGCUGAUGCUGCUGCCUUGAAGUGUCAGUGGUCACCCUCUCGGUCAACCACCACCUUCUCAGUCACGGACUGUGGGAAUGAUGAUGGAAAGGAUGAAUCUUUUUUUGACUCAAAGGCCUGGUUAGACUCGGACUGUGAAGAUGAUUUCUACAGUGUCAAGGGUGAUUUUACCCCAUCUCGUGGCAGCACUCCAGUGCACCACAUUUUUCUCAAUAAAACCCCUUCUUCUGAGGCUGGUUCUGCUCCAGAACCAUCUCCUACAACACAAAAGAAAAAGUUGUUGGAGCUUUUUCGCGAAAGUGUGAGAGAAAACCAAAGUGAAGAUGCUGAGAACACUUUGGACAAUGAAAUGAAAGAAGUGAAACCAACAACUAUACAUGACCUUCUUCCUAAAUCUGCCCACAGCACUCCCUAUGUCUCAGGAGGCAACUCUGCAUGUAGUAGUGAGAGAACAAUGAAUGAUGAUCAUCUAUCCCUUAGAGAAAAAACAGUUAAAUCUAUGCAGUGCUGCCUUCCAAGCUUGGCUUCAUGCCGUAGCUUCAGUGAGAGGAAGAGAAAGACAAGUCCUGCAAUAGCAGCAAAUGAGAAAGCUUAA